CCGCCGCCAACAUGGCCGAGACGAGCGAGGAGGUGGCGGUGUUGGUGCAGCGGGUGGUGAAGGACAUCACCAACGCCUUCAGGAGAAAUCCGCACAUAGAUGAAAUUGGCCUGAUCCCAUGUCCAGAAGCUAGAUAUAACCGGAGUCCCAUAGUCCUGGUUGAAAACAAACUUGGUGUGGAGAGUUGGUGUGUCAAGUUCCUUUUACCUUAUGUCCACAACAAGCUCCUUUUGUACAGAACGAGAAAACAAUGGCUGAACAAAGAUGAAUUAAUAGAUGUCACAUGCACCCUGCUGCUUCUCAACCCAGACUUUACCACUGCAUGGAAUGUGAGAAAAGAGCUGAUCCUCUCUGGCACUUUAAAUCCAAUUAAAGACUUACAUCUGGGAAAACUGGCCUUAACUAAGUUUCCAAAGAGUCCAGAAACAUGGAUUCACAGGCGAUGGGUGCUACAACAACUAAUUCAGGAAACCUCCUUACCUUCCUUUGUGACCAAAGGAAACUUGGGAACAAUUCCUGCAGAAAGGACACAGCGACUAAUACGUGAAGAGAUGGAGGUCUGUGGUGAAGCAGCAGGGAGAUAUCCAAGCAAUUAUAAUGCUUGGUCCCAUCGCAUCUGGGUUUUGCAGCACCUUGCCAAGCUAGACAUGAAGAUUCUUCUUGAUGAAUUAUCUUCUACUAAACACUGGGCAUCUAUGCACGUUUCAGACCACAGUGGAUUUCACUACCGUCAGUUUUUGUUAAAGUCUUUGAUUAGCCAAAAUGUGAUAGAUGGUUCUGUAUUGGAGCAAAGCCUUUUGAGAAGUGAGCCGGCCUUAGUUCUUCCUAAAGAUGAAACAGCAGCAGCUUCGACAGAAGAACCAAGGAUAAAUCUUCCCCAUCUUCUAGAAGAAGAAGUUGAAUUCAGCACUGAUCUUAUUGAUUCCUAUCCAGGGCAUGAAACCCUUUGGUGUCAUAGGCGACAUGUUUUCUACCUUCAGCAUCACUUGAAUGGUAGAUAUUCUCACAGUGUGACUCAGUCGUCACCUGUAGACAGCCCUGGGGGGACUUUGAGUGACUUGCACCUCAUCCCAGAGGGCCCUCACACUUCUCAGGCAAUGGAAGUGGAUGGACUGAAUGACUCUAGCAAGCAAGGCUAUUCCCAGGAAACCAAACGCCUGAAGCGGACCCCAGCUCCAGACUCCCUAGGCUUGGAAAUGGAGCACAGGUUCAUUGAUCAAGUAUUGUCUACCUGCCGGAACGUAGAGCAAGCCAGGUUUGCCAAUGCAUACAGGAAGUGGCUGGUUACAUUGAGUCAGUGAAAGGGGUGGAUUAGUUUUGCAGGGUUCCUCUUUUAGUGCAAUAUUGCUUUCUUUCUUAUUUACACAGUUGCAUGAACUGUUUGCUACUAUUGGCUAACUAUAUGUUCUUCAUCUUUAGGUUAAAAGUCCAUAGUAAACCUUUCAUUUUAUUUAUUUUGUUAAGAACUGGCAUUUCUUUGGGGAUAAAACAAUUGUGUCAUUUCCUCCUCUGAACAAUGAGUCUUAAUGUUUUUCAUUUUAAUUUCUCAUCCUUUACUUUUUCAUAUAUGAGACUUCUCAUUUGGUUCUCCUAACUUGUUCACACAUUUCCACCCACCUCACUGCAAUUGCAAAUAGUCUAAUUUCUUAAAAUUUUCUGUUGUAGUUUAGCUUAAGAACAAUACAAUAUGUAAAAUUACUUGAUCUGAUUGUUGUUUUGAGACUCAGAUGGCAAGAUGGAUGGAUAAUAUGAAAAUGCAAACCAUUUCUUUUUCUCUAGCAUGUUCAACUCAAGUUAUAGACCAACAUUACCAAAGUUAGAAGUAUUGGAAUUUAUAUGAAUAACAUGGCUCCAAUUUAACCCAUUUUUAAAAUAGUUAUUUUUUAAACUAAUUUAAAGAGCUUACUUAAUAGCAGUGCUGGAAAAUUAUUUUUAUUACUAGUUUUGA